GAAAAAUAAAAUAAAAUAAUAAUGGCAACUGCCUUUUAAAAUAUAUCAGAAGCUCUUGAAAGUUUCCUUUUUUGCAAUGAAGAAGUAAAAAGAAAAUCAGCUGAAGAAUUUUUAAACUAGAUUCCCUCUGCAGAUUUUACUGGAGGUAUUUUCGAAUAUUUAUCUGCAUUAAAUCUACGCAAACCAGAAUGCAAUGAAUUAGCUGCUAUCCUUUUAAAAAAACAAUAUAUAGAUAAGACUGAAAAUUUAUAAAAAAUCCCUUAAGACAUUCUCUAAUAAAUGACUCAAACUCUAGAAUCAACUAUAACAGCUGAACGCAAAGUAGUAUAUUUGAAACGUGUAUUCGAAAUCCUUGUUAAGAUAUACACUUAAUCUAAUUCUUCUGAUAAUUUAAUAAACUUAAUAACAAAAUAUAGUUAGACCACCGAAUCAAAUAUAAAGAAAGGAUUAAUGUACUUAAUUGAAAUAUCUUGCGAAUAUUCAUUUGAUGACACUUAAUUAAUGCAAAACUCUUCUAAAAUUUCAUCCAUUUUUAUGCAUUAUUUAGAAGACAAAGACCCUUUAGUAUAAAGUUUAUCCUUGAAAAGCUUAGUAACAUUCUUAAAUUCUAUUGAAGAUGAAAAUAACUUAAGAAAAUUCUCUGAUGUAUUUCCACUUUUAAUCUCAAAAUGUGUAAACUGCCUCAAAGCAGAUGAAGAAAGUGGCCUAACUAGUCUUACUUCUAUCACUGAUUUAAUAGAAACUCACCCUAAAUUCGUUAAAUAAAUAACUAAUGAUUUCUUGAAUUUAUUUACUGAAAUUUUGGACAAUUUUAUCUCAGCUGCCAUUAGAAUUAAAGCAUUAACAGCUAUAUUGACUUUAUGUGCUACUAAUAAUGCUUAAGUUAGAAAAAGUGAUGUUUUUAAAUAAAAAACUAUUUUUUCUAUUAUGAAAUUAAUGGCAGAGUCUUCUCAACUUUCCUUAGAAGAAUGGACUGAGGAAUUAGAAGAUAAUAAACUUUCCUAAAACGAUGCAGCUUCAGCUGCAGAAGAAACUUUGGCUAAAAUUGGGUAUGAGUUAGGAAAUAAAUUCCUUUUCCCACUUUUUGCACCUUUAAUAAAGGAAGCUGUACUUUAAAAUAAUUAAUGGAAUGUCUAAUGCGCCGGAAUAAACGCCAUUGCUUAUCUAGCUGAAGGAAGUAAAGAAAUUUGCAAAUAGGAAGAUUUAUAAAACUUGGUUUUGAUGAUUAAAUAGGCAGUGCAUAAUAAUUAGGAAAACCCUCGUAUAUAAUAUGCUGCUUUAACAGCUUUUUCUUUAUUAGCAGCUGAAUACACACCUGAAUUAUAAGAAACUAUGGCGAAAUCAUUAUUUAGACUAUUCUUAAAAUUUAGAAAGUACCAACAUUAAACUCCAAUAUAGAGCAAUUUAAUCAAUAAUAAAUUACUGUAAAGAUCUCGAAGAUAAAAAUACACCCUUAAAUUCUAAUGCAGAACAUAUUUUGUCUAAAAUAUCUCUUAUUUUCUAAUAAAAUAUUACUAAUACUAACUAAAGAUUACUUGA